UCACUUCAAAUAAAAUUCUGAAUCAAUUUAUUUAACUUAAAAUUUUCUCAAGAUCAAUUGUUGUAUAUUUUUUUAACAUAAAUUAAAAGCAUUUCUUUAAUAUAAAUAUUAAAAAAUGGCACUUCGAACAAUAUACAGAUCGCUCAGGACAAUCCGUUCAAUUUCAAAUCCUGAAAAACAACAUUUGAAUUUCCAAAAUUUUCGUCGUUUUAUUUCAUCCGAUGAUCAACACAAAGUUUCGAAAGGUUUAGUUUUGGGACUGUACGAAAAAGAAGAUGACAAGCCUGUUAAACUGACAACAAGUGGUGAAAAGUUCGAUGAAAAAGUUCAGGGAACACUUAUGCACCUGAUAAAAGAAUCUGAACUUACGGGAAAAAUUGGAACCGGAAACGUUUUCAACAAUGUCGAUUCUGAAUACAGGUCCGUGGCUGUAGUUGGGCUAGGACGUGAAGGAGCGGGCUUUAAUGAACUUGAAAUGCUCGAUGAGGGAUUGGAGAACGUUCGAGCUGCUGCUGGCGUUGGAGCUAGAAAGCUUCAAAUGCAGGGUUGCAUUGAAGUUUAUGUUGAUUCCAUGGACUAUCCCGAACAAGCAGCUGAAGGAAGUGGCCUCUCUAUAUACAGAUAUCAGGAAAAUAAGAAAAAAAACGAAAAAACUAACGUUCCCAAGCUCGAAUUGUACGAUUCAUCCGAAACUAACGCAUGGACUCGAGGUAUCUUCAAAGCCGAUGCCCAAAAUCUGGCAAGAAAGCUCACAGAUGCCCCAAGUAAUCUUAUGACACCAACUUUAUUUGCUCAGGCUACUGUCGAUGCCCUUUGCCCUUGUGGUAUGACCGUAGAAAUUCGGGCUAUGGAUUGGAUACAACAAAACCACUUGAACUCAUUCCUUUACAUUGCAAAGGGGUCUUGUGAGCCACCAAUUCUUCUUGAGAUAAACUAUUGUGGCACAGCUCCUGAGGAUAAGCCAGUACUGCUAGUUGGUAAAGGAAUCACAUUUAACAGUGGUGGCAUUUGUUUGAGGAAAGCAAGACAGAUGGAUCAAUAUCGUGGUUCCAUGGCUGGGGCAGCAGUUGUAGUUGCUGCAAUUCGAGCUGCAGCUUCACUCUCUCUUCCUAUAAAUAUUGCAGCCGUUAUUCCUCUAUGUGAAAAUAUGCCUUCGGGAAUGUCGUGUAAGCCUGGAGAUGUGAUAACCUGCUUGAAUGGUCAAAUUUUGGCAAUCGAGCAAACAAAUAAAGCUGGUGUGGUUGUUAUGGCAGAUCCAUUAGUUUAUGCCCAAAAAGCCUAUAAGCCUCGAAUGGUUAUUGAUGUGGGAACAAUGGGCAAUGGUGUUAUAAAGGGUAUUGGUAGUGGAGCAGCAGCUGUAUUCUCUAACUCGCAUUUCAUCUGGAAGCAAUUACAAAAAGCAGGCUCAAUAACUGGUGAUAGGGUCUGGAGAAUGCCUUUGUGGAAAUAUUACAAAUCUCAAGUCCGAAAUAGCAUCAGUUAUGAUAUCAGUAAUACUGGCACUGGAUUAGCUUCUUCCUGUUUAGCUGCUGCUGUUUUAAACGAAUUUGUACCAACUGCUGAUUGGGCUCAUUUAGAUAUCAGAGGUGUUGGUAUGAUAACCAGAGAAGGUGCAAUCCCAUAUCUCCUGAGAAAUCGUAUGACUGGUCGUCCAACAAGGACAUUAAUACAAUUCCUUUAUCAAAUGGCAUGUUCCGAACAAUCUAAUAAAUCGUGUUCUGAUAAAUCUAAAAAAUCUUGAACAUAAGUAAAUUUUCCUUUGUUUUCCGGUUACCAAAAUUAAACAAUAUGUAUUUUUGAUUCAUGGCUUUUAAUAAAAUUGUAUAUGUCUGUACUUUUAAA